AUGGGCAAUGCAGUGUCUCCGUGUUUUCAACAGAAAACAAACUUAGCUGUAAAAGUUAUAUUUUCAGAAGGAACCACAAGACUCCUCAGAGGAAAGCACAUAGCUGGAGAGAUCAUGUUCGAGUUUCCAGACCAAAUGGUUUGCCAUGCGGACUCUUUCUUCAUCGGCCACCCCGUCCCUGCGUUAGCCAUAGACGAUGAGCUCAUUCAUGGACAGACCUACUUUGUUCUCCCCCUUGAUUGCUUCGCAUGCAGGGUCCUCUCGGCCUCCUCGCUCGCCGCCUUAGGCUCGUCCUCAAGCCCCAACAAGAAGGCUCCGAUUAAUUUCGGAGAGUCCCCGUUCGAGUACAUAAAGGGUUCGAACGGGAAGGUCUUGAUCAAGGUUGUGCCAGACUUCAUAACAAGGCUAAUUACGAGGGCUAAUAAUAAGGAAAUUGAAGGGCCGCCUGUUACUAGCCCUAGCAAUAGUUUUCUUUGUAGCACGCCUGAGUUGCAAAAGCACUAUGAACAGCUUGUUGGGUCUAAAGAGCAAUUGUGGUCGCCUAAGCUUGAUACCAUUUCUGAAUACAAGGUUAGGUUUUCACCAUGCAAAUUCAUAGGGCUGGAAUGGAAACAGAAAGAGAGUGAAGUCAUGUAA